GCAGUGUCUGUCAGACUGUGUCGACGUCAGUGUGGUGUCGGUUGGCGAGAUUUUACGGGUGUACGAUUUGACAUGCUGUGAUAACCCUCGAGAUCGGCAUUACAAACAAAUGUUACGUGGCCCUGCAUCGGUGCCUUCGUAAUUACACAUAUACUGUGGUAAUUAAGCGCCGAGUCGCGCCGCAAGAAUGUAUCCGUUGUAUGUCAUCGUCGGUGCGCUGCUCAGCGUGUCUUCGCUCAUCUGCGAAGGGAGCGAGCUCGAGUACGACGGCUGGCUGCAGUUGAGGUUAUGGCACGCGUUCAACGACGACCCGGUGCCCGUGUUCACGGAACGGGGAAACGUCACCGUGUCCAGCGUGCGCAGCGGCACGUCCGUCGUCGGGCAGAACGGCCUGCUGCCCGCCCAGAUAAACGCCCUGAAGAAUCUUGCCGAGCACGACGGCAAGUACAGACUGAAGGCGCUGGCUCGCACCUCCUCCGGCAGCGAGAUCGUGUUCCUCACCUCGGUGCCAGCGUGCUACCUGCUUGGUUCUGAUCUGGAAGACGUCAUAACGGUAUGGCUGGACAGUACAGCAGAGCCGACAGCUGUGAGCAUUUCAUCUUCGGGACCGUGUAUGCUGGAUGAUCCCUUCACAAACAUGUGGACCACCAGUGUCAUGGUGAGAUAUCCGGAUAGCGGUCCAAUCCCAGACACCGCUACGUAUAUUCAGAAGCUCGAACGAGAACGGGAGGCAAGGGAGAGAGGAGAAACUAAAGAUAAUCGUUCAUUCCUUGCGAAAUAUUGGAUGUAUAUUGUUCCCUUCUUGAUUUUCCUGCUGUUGUCGUCCGCGACGAAUCCAGAAGCUGGCGGAAGUGCACAAAGACAAUGAUCUAAUGAAAAUUAUUUGUGCCCGCGUAUGCAUCGUAUCCCAAAGAGUGGUCUUGUGUAAAUUGAUCGAAAUUUAUAGUAUAAUUUCAUAAUGUGAUAGAAACAACAUUAAUAAUAAUUAUAUUACAUAAUA